GAAGGCUGCUGCUGCUGUUUUCUGCUUUCUGCUUUGCAUACAGACAUGAUCUAGUCUUUCUUUCGCACGUGUGUUACCAAAAAAACAAAACAAAACACGCAGACAAGUUCUUCUAAACUGCUCUUGCAUGCACCCUCCCCAGCUGGCUGCUAUAUAAACAUACACGCCAGAGAGCACAGGGACACAGCAAACAUAACACUCUUCCCAGAAAUCAGACAUGGUUUUGAGAACAGCCUUCUCUUGUGCUCUGCUACUGGCGACAGUACUGUUUCCUCUUUCAGCUCACGCGUCCAGCAAACUCUACAUUGUGUAUAUGGGGGACAAGAAACACGAUGAUCCAACCGUGGUUACCGCCUCCCACCAUGACGUGCUAACCUCUGUUCUUGGGAGCAAGGAUGAAGCCUUGCAGUCGAUAGUGUGCAGCUACAAGCACGGAUUCUCUGGGUUUGCGGCGAUGCUCACCAAAUCACAAGCUGAAACCAUUGCAAAAUUCCCUGAAGUUAUCAGCGUGAAGCCUAACACCUAUCAUGAAGCACACACAACCCGGAGCUGGGACUUCCUCAAUCUUGACUACAACCAAGAACCACAGCAACCGGUCGCCCUCCUCCAGAAAGCAAACUACGGUGAAAAUAUCAUCAUCGGGGUCAUCGAUUCAGGCAUUUGGCCUGAAUCGCGGAGCUUUGACGACGCCGGGUACAGCCCCGUACCGGCACGGUGGAGAGGCACAUGCCAGAUCGGCCAAGAAUUCAACGCCACGGGUUGCAACAGAAAGAUCAUCGGCGCUCGGUGGUUCACCGGCGGCUUGAGUGACGAGGCGCUAAAGGGCGACUACAUGUCGCCAAGAGACUUCGGUGGCCACGGCACGCACGUCGCCUCGACGAUCGCCGGCAGCCCGGUGCGUGGCGCCAGCUACGGCGGAGUCCUGGCCGCCGGCAUGGCGCGUGGUGGGGCACCCUCCGCAAGGCUUGCCAUCUACAAGGUGUUGUGGGGCCAGAAUGGACGAGGCAGCGACGCCGCGAUCCUUGCCGCCAUCGACCAUGCCAUCAACGACGGCGUGGACGUCCUGUCCUUGUCGUUGGGGGAAGCCGGUAGCGAGAACGUCGGGUUCGGGUCGCUGCAUGCUGUUCAGAGAGGCAUCUCCGUCGUGUUCGCCGGCGGGAACGAUGGCCCCGUGCCGCAGACGGUGAUGAAUGCCGUGCCGUGGGUCACCACGGUGGCCGCCAGCACCGUUGACCGGGCUUUCCCGACCUUGAUGACACUGGGGAACAAUGAAAAGCUGGUGGGGCAAUCUCUUCACCAUACUGCAUCUUCGAUUAGCAACGACUUUAAGGCCUUUGCUUAUGCAGGGAGCUGCGAUGCGCUGUCACUGUCAUCAAGCAACGUCACCGGUAAAAUCGUCCUGUGCUAUGCACCAGCGGAGGCGGCCAUAGUACCACCUCGGCUAGCACUUUCUCGAGCCAUUAACCGUACUGUAGAGGCUGGCGCGAAGGGCCUUAUCAUCGCACGGUAUGCUGCGGAUGACCUCGACACCCUGGCUGAGUGCAAUGGCAUUAUGCCCUGCGUGCUGGUGGAUUUCGAAAUCGCACAGAGAAUUCUCUCCUAUGGGGACAUCACAGAUAAUCCGGUGGUCAAGGUGUCGCGUACCGUGAGUGUUGUUGGAAACGGGGUGUUGUCGCCGAGGGUCGCCUCGUUUUCUUCAAGAGGACCAAGCCCCACAUUCCCUGACAUACUCAAGCCUGAUAUAGCUGCCCCAGGGGUCAGCAUCUUGGCAGCUGAGCGCAGCUCGUACGUGUUCAAAUCCGGGACAUCAAUGGCGUGCCCACAUGUCUCGGCGGUGACCGCACUUCUCAAGUCAGUUCAUCGUGAUUGGUCACCUGCCAUGAUCAAAUCUGCCAUCAUAACCACAGCAUCAGUGACGGAUCGGUUUGGUAUGCCAAUCCAAGCAGAGGGGGUCCCGAGGAAAUUAGCCGACCCUUUUGACUUUGGAGGUGGUCACAUGGACCCAGUUAGGGCAGUCGAUCCUGGAUUGGUUUACGAUGUUGAUGCAAAGGAGUACAACAAGUUCUUGAACUGCACCCUAGGAUUGUUGGAAGGUUGUCAGUCUUACACCCGCAAUCUCAACCUCCCCUCAAUCGCCAUACCGAACCUCAAGGAGAAGGUCAUGGUUCGGCGCACUGUCACAAAUGUCGGGCCGUCGGAAGCAACGUACCAAGCCACACUUGAGGCUCCAGCAGGGGUUGUUGUGUUGGUGGAGCCAUCUGUUAUCAGAUUCACAAGAGGUGGAAGCAGGAGUGCGACAUUUACGGUGACAUUCACGGCGAAGCAUAGAGUGCAAGGUGGGUACACCUUUGGAGGCUUGACAUGGUCCGACGGAAAUACCCACUCCGUAAGAAUUCCGGUCGCAGUACGUACUGUGAUACAAGACUUUGUGGCAGAUACAUCUUAAAAACAUCGUUGGGAUGGUGUAUACCUCUUCAUGCACUUAUGUAUUUCUCUUUUAUUCUUUUAUUUUUUUGCAAGAUUAUCUUAGGAAAUGUUGGUGAAUUCAGAAAUUCUAUUUUGUACAAUGUA